AUGAAAUAUUUGGGAUCAUUUUUGUUUGCAUUUGGAACUUUGGUUUCAGUUUCCAAGGUCAAUGCACAACAUGGGCAACACUUGCAUGGGCAUGGGCAUCAUGUUAUUCCAACAAAUGUGAAUUAUUACGAAUCAAACACAGAUGUUCUUGCCCCAAUUAUUGAAUGCCCACAAGGAUAUUCCAUUAGUGGAAAACAGUGUACAAGAACAUUAUUUGUUCCAAGUUCAGUAGAUUGCCCAAAGAAGUAUGAGUUGAGAGAAGGGCAGUGUGUGAGGAAGGAAUACAGUUCAGCUGUCCUGGUUUGCGAACCAGGGUUUGAAUUGAUUAACGGACGUUGCAUUACUAGACAAUCUGUUCAGGCUGAGAGGAUUUGUCCACAUGGAUUUGCAUUGGCCGGAGAGGAGUGUAUUUCUAUGAAGGAAUUUGCGGCUGACUACAGAUGCCCACCAGGUUUCCAAAGGAAACAUCAAGAAUGUGUCAGAGAUAUUUCGACAGAACCAUUGGAAAGUUGUCCUCCUGGUUUUGAGCCAGUUGAUAGACAUGGAAGGAUGGUUCAAUGUACUAGAACAGAAACAGUAGAUGUGAUAUUUUCUUGUAAACAAGGAUAUGAACUUAGGGGUGAUAUUUGUGUGAUAGUAGAUAUUGUGAGACCCAACUUAAAAUGUGAGAAAGGUUUCCAACUUAAGGACGGAGUCUGUAAUAGACUUCUACAAGUUGAUUCUCUUUCGCAAUGCCCACCAGGUUCCAUCCCAAGAGGUCACAAAUGUAUUGUGGUAACAAACGUUCCAAUUAUUCCUACUUGCCCAUCCGAUUUUGAAUUAGAUUCAACUGGAACCAGAUGUAUUCGUAUGGAAGAGAGGCCAAUUAUCCAGGAAUGUCCGCAGGGAUUUAAGCUCGAAUCAGGACAAUGCGUAAGCAUUUCGAACGUAGAGCCAGAAGUUUCUUGCCCACCAGGUUCUACACCGCAUGGACACCACAAUAAGUGCUUCAAUAUUAUUACAGAACAACCAAUGAUGCAAUGUCCUCAUGGCUAUAUUGAAAGCGGAAACGGGGAAUGUAUUUCUGAAAAAAUGAAACCAGCAUCUGUGGAUUGCCCAAUCGGCUUUUCCAGGCAAGGAAGUCAAUGUGUUAAGAUGAUCUCUGAAUCGCCAUCAAAAAGUUGCCCAUCUGGUAUUUUAAAAAAUCAUAGAUGCGUUUCAUUUGAGACUGCUCCAAUGAUUGGUUUCUGUCCUGAUGGAAGCGAAGUUCCACCAAGUGGUUUGUGUACUGCAACUACAGGAAAGCCAUUUUCAUUGAAGUGCCCCCAUGGAUACAAUCUUGAAAAUGGACAGUGUAUUCAAGAAAUUGUUGCAAAGACGAGUUAUAUGUGCCCUUCAGGUACAAGCGAUGGGCAUGGAAAGUGUGUAUCUCUCGCUGCAACUCCUGCAUUACCAGUAUGCCCACAUGGAAUGGUUCUCACCCCGGAUGGCUCUCAAUGUGCUAAAACCGAACAUACAAAAAUAUCUCUUUCUUGCCCAAGUGGAUAUCAUUUCAACCAUGGAAGAUGUGAGAGCAAAGUUCACGAGAAGCAUCAUGGGAAAAAUACAAGGACAGCAAAUAAUCACUAUUAA